AUGGGCAUGACAAGCCAGAUAAAUGGGCAUGCAUUCAUUGCCACAAGCCUGAGUGUGCUGACAUCCGAUGGCUGCCCGUUCUCACCCAGCCCAGUGGGAGCGCCCUGUCUGUUGGGGACGACGCCAGAGUACGAACAGUACGAAGUGGAGGGGGAAGUGAGGCAAGGAGGCAACUCCCAGCUGGCCAAGAAAAACCAGUGUGUGUCCGGGGUCACCGUGCAACUGGAGAUGAGGAGCCUCUGGGAGGAAUUCAACAGCCUCGGCACGGAGAUGAUCGUCACCAAAGCAGGGCGGAGGAUGUUCCCCACCUUCCAGGUAAAGAUAUCAGGCAUGGACCCCUUGGCUGAUUAUGUGCUGCUCAUGGACUUUGUGCCUUUGGAUGACAAGAGAUACAGAUAUGCCUUCCAUAGCUCAGCUUGGCUGGUAGCUGGCAAAGCAGAUCCUGCGACACCUGGCCGGGUUCACUUCCACCCGGACUCCCCAGCCAAGGGAGGCCAAUGGAUGAGGCAAAUCGUCUCCUUUGACAAGCUCAAGCUCACCAACAACUUGAUGGAUGACAAUGGCCACAUCAUCCUGAACUCCAUGCACAGAUACCAGCCCCGCUUCCAUGUGGUGGUGGUCGAUCCACGUCCUGACAGUGAGCGUUAUGCUCAGGAGAAUUUCAAAUCGUUUAUCUUCGCCGAAACCCAGUUCAUGGCAGUGACCGCCUAUCAGAACCACCGGAUCACACAGCUGAAAAUUGCUAGCAACCCAUUUGCAAAAGGGUUCCGGGAAUGUGAGCCAGAUGACUGGUAA